UCCGUUAUAAAACACAAUUAAGGAUUCUGCUGUGGGUGCUGGCUGGAGCCAAACCGCAAGGUAUAUCAAGGUUACAUUGCUAAGUGUCAGCCUUUGAUAGUCGCAAGCACUGCCGAAUGAGCUUCGACCGGCUCCUGGCUGUUCCUUCCUUGUGCUGGGGCGACCAUGAAGCGGAAGCUUUCUUCCAGAGAUAUCGGCUGCUGCACCUGAGAAGACCUGAAGGGCGCCGGAUCUCCUUUGACCACCACCGGCAUCAUCUCCACCGGUUCCUCUCCGGGCCACACCGGGUGGCGUGGACCGCGGAAAACGAGAGCGGCUCUUUGGCAGUGGCCCAGCACGCGCUGGGCGCUCCAAGACGCCGUGGCGAGGACACUCGCCCUGUGGGCGCAUGGUACAGCAGCUUCGUGGUGGAGGGCGAGGUCGCCAGGUGCUUCAUGGAAGGCAUCCAAAGCGAAGGUGGUGAAGAGAUGCAGAUUCCACUUCAAGGAUGGCACCCCACCGGAACGGUUUGGUGCUUUGUGGGCUCCAACCCUGGCACGGAUGGUCGCAUGGUGGGAAAGCCUGAGCACGUGGAUCAGCUCAAAGCUGGUGUCGUCACCAUGCACAGCCAGCUCGCAGGCAACAAGGUUUGGCUGCUCCGGCCCCAUCCCUUGGCAAAUGCUUGGGCUUCGAGAACCGCACCUGCUUUGGCCGCUGAGCGGUUGGAGAUCGUUUGCCACGAGGGCGAUCGGUUGAUAAUUGACACCACUGCGUGGUACCAUUCUACCAGCAUCCUUCCGGACACUGAUUUCACCUGCUCAAUUGCACAAGACCUGGCAAAGGGCCCACAAUCGGCCGAUCAAACAACCGAAUCUAUCCAACUGCGUGUCUCUCAUCAACUCUGUCAGUUUUGCAUGACUCCAACGACCACGCCCGUGGGAGCUCCUCCGGGCACUUGUGGGUGCAGUUGCUGUAGCCAGCACCGGAUCAAGGCUUUGCAGUGGAGGUGUUUCAGAGAAAGUUCUCUUUUGACCCAUCGACUCCUGAAGAGAGCUCGACUCCUGAAGAGAGCUGCAAGUUUGGUGCACAGACGCUGGACUGUUUCUCCACGGUCACAGACGCAGCUACUGGCGCUUUGCGACGUGACAGACGAAGAUACGCGAAGACCCGAAAAGAGGUGA